ACAGACGUGGGUGAGUCUGAGCGAUGUGGUAUGUCGACAAUCAAGUAUGAUAAAGCUCAGAAGCUUUGACGACAGCUCAGCCGCAGAUCUGGAGGAAUUGCAAUGGAUUUGAUUGGUUGUUCAUCAUGUAGCGUGGGCCCCCUGACACCCAUGGUUAUGUUAUCGGGACUUUUUUUUCCAUCUGUUCGCUGAUUACUGCAUCACGAUCUCAACUCCUCUCGCAAAGCAUCUUUACGCAAUGCACUGAAACCCUUGGCCACAAUAUGGGCCGGUCACGAACUCAUCAAAAAGCAGUUUGAAAUUGAAGAACGAAGGCCGCGACGCAUAUCGUAUCGUGUGCGCGAAUAGUUCGCGACACCACCAUGCGGUAUUGCUUGCACCACACGCUUAGCUAUCUUUCAGCAUAAUGGCUGCGAUUCGCUCCAAGCUAGGAUAUGGACUUGUUCCAGGUCUGAUUCGUCAUUUCUCCGCGACAGCGCGACGUCUCGAGCUUCGCGAUGUUUCGGACCUACCCAACCGUAUCUUACCGAGAUUCAAUAACUCUCCGACUUCAUCGUUGCUUGCCUUGGAAUGGCCAGAGCCCCCUCGCAAUGUCUUGAUUGUGCCGAAGCUACAUGCGCCAAACGUCAUAACCUCAGUCAUCGAGUUCGUGAGGCACAUCAACGCGGAAUACCCGAAAAUCAACUUCAUAUUUGAGCACCGCAUAGCUUCGACAAUUCACGGGUCACUGCCGUUCCCAAUUUAUACUUCCCACCCAACAUAUUUUCCGCCCAAGAUAGACAUGGUCGCAACCCUCGGAGGUGAUGGAACCAUCCUGCGAGCUGCGAGCCUGUUCAGUCUGCACACUAGUGUGCCUCCAAUCUUGUCCUUCAGUAUGGGCACUUUGGGAUUCCUGGGCGAAUGGAAAUUCGAAGAGUAUAAACGUGCGUGGAGGGAGGUCUAUAUGAGUGGAAGUCGUGUAGCAGUGAGCGAUCUGCAAGGGCCUCAUACUCAGGUUGCGAACGGGCGGCAAGUCGAGCUCGAGGAGAUCCAGAACGAUGCGUGGGCAAGCAUGAAAGGCAAAAACAUGGGUGCCACACGAACAAGCAAGAUCCUGCUCCGGCAUCGCCUCAAAGUUGGAGUUUACGACGCUAACGGCGUCAAUAUCAAUGAGCAUCUGAUGCCCACAUCGACCGCCACUCUGGACCAACCUUUGCCCCCUGUCCCUCCGGCAACGAAAGAGCUAUCGAAAUCAGGGGAACCAGUCACUCCUGACGUGCAUGCCAUCAAUGAACUGGUCAUCCAUCGUGGUCCAAAUCCCCAUCUCGCCAUCGUUGAUGUGUACGUCGGGAAUCGGUAUUUCACCGAGGCCGUUGCCGAUGGAUUCCUCAUCAGUACGCCGACAGGAUCAACGGCAUACUCGCUCUCGGCCGGCGGAACCAUCAUCCAUCCCCUGACCAAGUCGAUGCUUCUGACCCCUAUUUGCGCGCGAACUUUGAGCUUCCGUCAUAUAUGCUUACCAUUGAACAAGAAGGUCGUACUGAAGGUGAGCAAGAAGAAUCGUGGUCGCGAGCUCGAGGUCAGCAUUGACGGCAAGAGGAGAGCUGGUGUCACUAUUGGUAUGGAGAUCCGUGUCACCGGUGAGCUUGUUGCACCGGACUUUUCAAGUGGGACCUGGGUUGGGGGAGUACCAUGCGUGGUUAGAAGCAGCGGCCAGGGUGAUGAAGGAGAUGAUGACGAUGGCUGGGUAGGAGGGCUCAAUGAAAGGCUCAAAUUCAAUUACCCCGUGGGUUGAGGGGAUUAGCAACGAAUACGGAAUUGUGUAUAUAAGCUGGGAGGGUCUUGGAUGGACAACGUGGAAUUGGGUAGUUUGUUUCCCUACAAGCAUUAUACGGUGUUGGGUCAUUCAAAUAUGUUUCAUAGUACUAAAGAUACCCACUUGUGUAACUUCUCACAAUCAGUUUCAUCUAAGAGUUGCUUAGAAGUCUUUGAGCUCUGCAUGUCAUGUUUCAGUUGAUUCUGGUCGAGGUUAGGUUCCGACUUAGGAGUAGCAUUGAUUAAAAGCAUCAAGCAGCCAUAAAAGAUA